AUGGCAAAACCACAUGCCUUAUCCAGCGCUAAACUUAUUUUAUUAGCAGUUCAGUUGGCACGAAAAUCUGACAUUCUAGCAUUCGUUUCUUUGGUCUCUCAAUAUCCAAGAACUAUCAAAAAAGAAAUAUUAUUUCGGAUUCUUCUAAGCUAUCUCCCAGAAACCAUCGAACCCUCCAAGUAUACGCCGUUACUUCAAAAUCUAGUUAAUAUUCCAAACACUUCGAAAAAUGAUGCCUACACAGAUACUUCAAUAUUGGAUGAAAUGAGUGAGGAUGACGUGGUUAAUAAAGUUAGAAAACUACAACUUAUCCCCUUAUUCUGGCCACAUACCCCAUUCACCUCUUCAGCAGAUCCUCUAUUACAGUUUCUCAUCCAUCGAUCCCUACAAAUAGACCAGAAUACCGGCUUAACUCACAUGAUUCCAGCACUUGUAACACCCUUUUUUCAGACGUUUCCAAAUUUACGAAGGUGGAUGAUAUCAAUUCUUCUUCCUCUUCUACGGCUUAACUACGACUACUAUCCAGAUAAAUCAAAGCUUCUUAAUAUACCCAAGUUUGAGCAAUUAAGUAACAGAGCUAUUGUCUCUUUUCUAUUAUCAAAUACGGGGGGGGUCCACCAACCUGAAUCUGAUGUUAUCAUAAGCAGAGACCUGAAAGGCUUGGUAGGCCCAUGGCUUUACGGAAGUUUGAAAUGGAAGCGACCAAAAAUAACGUGCUCCUCAUUCUAUAACAUUGAGUCUAUCGACUCACUCUGUGAACCUCCUUCUACCCUUGAAAAAUAUGAGCCUUGGGAAGAAGUUUAUUCCUGGAUUGCAAGCCAAGCUGAUAUCUCUUGGGAAUCUACAAUUCAGGCCAUUGAGGGAUGGGAUGGUCCGGGCGACUUUAAUCUAGGCGGCUUUGAAGAUGAAAUAUCUAUCGACAAGGAAGAUCAGAUGCAUUUGAGUCGUCGAUAUGCUCAGUUGGCUAUUGCUGUAGCGUUUUCUAUUUCCGAUUGUUCUAAAGGGUCUCUUAUAGGGGUUCAGCGCCUUCUUAUUCGUGUUAUAUACCUUACUGGUCUGGGUCAAAUCCCAUCAAUCGAUUCUGCAUGUACACUAUUAGCACCUGUUAGCGAUCUCCAAGAUUUCCCAAUAAGUCUAAAAAAUCUAAAAGCUAUUAUGGAAAAUGAAAACCAUCUUACUCUUCCAAGCGAAAGCUCAAUCAAGUUUCUUCACGCAUUGCUUACCUCUGCAUCGCUACUUGAACGUGUUGGCUGCCAAAUCAGUGUAAAACGUGCAGCAGAAAUUUAUCUCCAAAAAAAUGGACAAUUGCAAAGUGUUUUGUUCCACGAAUUCAUGGAUCAGACUUGCAAAAGGUCAAAAGAUGAUGACCAAUACUGGAUUAGGAAGAGAAAUGAGAUUCAUUGGCUGAGAAGCUGGGGCAUAAAUGAUAUUGAUGAGUUCCAUGAGUUUUCAAGCCCUAAAAACGGCAUAGGUAUCUUUGGUCAACUACCUCGAGAAAUGAUAGAAGCCGAAUUUUUGAAGUUACUUUUAUCAAAUGGCCGAUACAGUCUCGCCCGAUCUAUCUACGAAGUAUCACCUGAAAGACCCCUAUCUCGCUCAAUCCUUGAAGAUGUUGUUAUAAAAGUUGCCAUUGAUCAGUAUGAUAGCGCAACAAAUGCCAACAGAUCCCGAGGAGGACUGAAGAGAUGUGACAACAUCUUGGAAGCGUUUUCUAGUACACUAGCCCAGUCACCAGAAAAUCAAAAGUUGUUACAACUUCUUCAACUUACAUCUGAAAUAGAGCCUUAUCGACUAGUCCUAAAGAAAGGUGAGCCCUUCAAGCCUAUCGAUCUCCGCACUCAUGGAGAUCCUCUCUAUAUAUUGGGUAAAAUCCUUGAGCAAAAUCCAAAAAGCUACACCAAAAUUUUGGAUUUUAUCGAAAUGGCGAAAUUGGCAAUCGGAGCUGGCCUUAUAAAGUUAGGCUCAAACGAGAUUUCCAGUUUUGUUUCUUCUGAUGAGGUUCAAGAAAAUUUUAAGAGUAUCGAAAAGAGAAUUGCCGCUAUGUGUAUUGAUAUUGCACUUCUCGAAGAUGAUUUCGAAACUGCAUACUCUUACGCUACAACUCGGCUUGGAUGGACUUUUGGGUCGGUGAAGGCUAGUACCGAUGAAAGACUGCGAAUUCUGUCCACCAUAAGCACCACAUCACAGUGCAGGGCUGGUUUAGAUGAAUGGUCAUGGCGUGCAUCAUUACAGGUGGGAAAAUAUCGACGAAACUUCGAAACAAAGCAACAAGCAUACGCAAGUCCCAAAUACUGCAAUCAAGCCAUUACACAAAUAGAAAAGUGUAUGGAAUGCAUAUCACAAGCUCUCAUGCUGGCUCCCACAAGUGCCUUGCCCGAAAUUUUAAAUUUUUACCGUCAAUCUGAGGAAAGACUGGAAUCGCUACUAUUACAAGCAGAACAACAAGAAUCCGGUAAUCUUUCAGCAGAUGUUGAAAUUUCACUUAGCAAGAAUCAAAAAGCUCAUUUAAAGCAUAGUAAAGGUAGCCGCAUAAAUGAGAUAUCUGAGGAACCAAUGACCUUAUUUGAUCUAUCACGUGCAGGUAUGAUUCGAGCUCAGAGUGGACUUUCUACCCUCUCAAUGCUUAAGAAUGGACCGAAGGAUAAUAACAGUCAAGUAUCCGGGGAGCCGUUAAAUACAGAUGAUUAUUUGAGUGGAACCAUGUCAGAACCAGAAACUGUUCAGGCAAGGGUAAGGAGAAGAGAUCAAUUGAAGAACGCUGCUGUUGGCGGGUUAGCGUCUGGAGUUGGUUGGCUUAUCGGCGCCCCAUCACCGAUCUUGAGCAAUGACACUGACUGA